AUGGCCCAAGUCAUCUGGAAUGCAGACAUUGAUGUAUAUAAUCUGCUGGUCAUUCCGCUCCCGGUGGCGAAAACCAUAGCGUGGUUUCUCGACGUGCCGGAUUUGCUUCAAUUUGCCAAAACUUCAAAGAACACAUAUAGAGCGGUCAAUGAUCCCCAGCUAUGGAUCCUGAAGCUCAAGAAAAUGGGGCUCUGGCAGAACGGCGUCGAAGCUUCACGAGAAGAGCUAGCAGGCUCGAAGUUUGAGUGGCUCGAUGACCCAUUGACCUGCUGUGACAAGAUAUACAAGAUCCCCAAGAUCGCCAAGUUCCAGAUCCUACGCAUACGAAGAAGCCUACACCGGUUUUACGCCGACUUGCAACUGAAUCUUCCAUACGAGCGACUCAAGCUUUUCAAAACGUUCCAGUCACCACAGGAACAAGCCAAGAUGUUGAGUAAUCUCUUGAAGUACAAUGCUAUCAAUCCGGACGAGACAGUCGGCAGUAUGGUCGGUGAAAAGAUCACGGAUCUCAUGGAGAUUUUCGAAAAUGCUUUGCUACGAGAACUAGAGAUCCAUUAUGACAUUCAGGAUUACGAAAGAACCAGCGAGUUCGUCACCAUUCUCGUCGAGCUCAAGAACGAGCAAACGCUUAUAGACUUUUUCCUCCAGAAAGUUUGCUUCGAUAACGACACAACGAAGUUUUUGAACCUGGAGGCCUUCGACGUUUGUAAAUUUUUCAGUACAGUCACCAAUGGCGACCUUAUAGCUCAACUGGACGAUGAAGACGACGAGGACGAAGAAAAAGAGAAACCCGAGCCAAAGUGGGAGCUCAACCAAGAAGAAAUAGAUGGGUUUAUUCACGAGCUUGCGUCGGUGUUCAACGAAGAAUCGAGGAUCAUCGAUUUGAUCUUCCCACAGACUAUUCCCAUGAUGUACAAAGUGAGCGAGGAGCUCAUAUCUAACCAGCUUCAGGAUGUCAUUUUGCUUCUCAUAUCUACGUCGAAAGAACGAGGCUUGUAUUUUGAAAUGGUCACUCAGCUAUACGUUAGACUUACCCAUGACUUCCUCGACCAAUUGAACCCAAGUGUCAAUGUUGGCGAGAGUUACAUUCGCUUGACCCGACUGCUCAUAGAUGUCUCCUACGAGUCAAUAGCAGCCGAGUAUCUUAAUGAAGAGAAGGCUGUGUUUAAGCAGCGCUGCUCAGAGAAGGUAUCUGAGUGGAAGGAUAAUGUCAAGCAGCGGGAGCAGGAAACCACGCAAAAUAUUCUUAAGCACGUCAAGGCAGAGUCAAAGAGCGAUUUCUUGCUGAGUUUCAAAAAGGUCUUUACAAUUUCAGGCAAAGACAACGAGGAUCUGAAGGAGGAGGAAGGUGACGAGAAGCUCAACUACUCCAAAAUCCAAGCUCAAGCGAAGAUUCUAGCAGAAAACAUCAAAUCCUUGAGAAGAGUAUUCAGUCCAGAGUUGACACUCAAUGUUCUCAAUGAUACAAAAGUGUCUCUUGCAAGACUUUCGCUGUUUGACGAUUACACAGUAGCUGCAUUGCGCUUCGAUAUCUACGGAGUGAUGCAAGAGGAGUUCAUCAGUGUGAUAGAAAGCAUAUCCAAUGAUCACCUUCGAGAGGGAUUCGAAAGAGCUCUCAAGUAUCUCAAGGACUACAACCCUAGAGACGUGUCUCUUGCUGAUGAUAAGAGGGGCACGGCCAUUGAGCCCCUUGUCAUCUUUUUUGAGGCUAUUAACAUGGCCGACAUGAUUGUGCAAAUGAUUGAUAUAUUCUACAAGGAGGAGAUCAUGCAAAGAAAGUUGACCAAACACGAGAACUCCGUUCUCAACCCGUCUCUUCAAAGCAAAAAGGCAGCAGAAGCUCUCGUUGACAAGUACGUCGCAGACGGUCUUCACAUUGGUAUUGACGUUCUUUUCAAGGAAAUAGAGUCUGUGUUCCUUUCAGGUCUCAGUGACUCUGACUACAAUCCUCCUCCUAGCAUGGCCCAUGAUAUUCCGGGCCCCACCAAGGCUGCCCAACAUGCCGUCCUGAUAUUAGAGGAUAAUAUUGACUUGUUGGUCGAUUGUGCCGAUAAACCGAUUGUGGAGGUCUUCCAGCAGGAAGUUGCGGAGAGAUUCUUCCAAGCGAUCGUGAAAUGCUUGAAACGAAGCACGAUCUCCGUGGGCGGUGCCGUCACGCUCAUUUCGGACCUCAACUUGUACUACGACUUUAUCCUUACCCAUGUCAAGAGCAACAAGCGUAUGAUCUUCCCACUAUUCCAGGCCCUCAAAAAGGUGGGAUCCAUCUACUUGAUUGGAGGCGAGGACGCCAAGGCCAUUGGGCAGCUCAUCAGUGACUUGACCAAGUUUAACGGUAUUUUCAGUCAGGAGGAGAUUUACGAGUUCGUGCAACGCCGAGCCGACUGGCCGUUGAUCAAAAAGCAUGUUCAGAAGGUGAUGUACGGACUCAGUUUGAUCGAUUGCACAAUUCUCUACGACAUCACAGACGAGAUCCACGACAACCAGGAGUAUGUGGCUCGUUCGGUGGUGCCACUAGCUGAAGAAGCGUACCAUGAAGAAUUGGAAAGGGUCUCUCGACAACUCACCAGACAGAGCAGGGAGAAGGAUGCCUCUUUGGAUACAGUUAGAGAAGAGCUGGAUGAACCGCAAGAUCACCCUGUGGAUGGUCUUUUUGCAAUAUGGCAGGCCGUUUUGGCACUGCUUUUGGUGUUUCUGACGUGGGGAGCCAAUGCCUCGUUUGGGAUUUUCUUGAACUACUACAUGUCCAAUAGCCUGUUUCCUGGAGCCACCAACUACGAUUUUGCGCUUAUUGGUGGUAUAGUGGUGUUUCUAGUGCAAGCGCCAGCGCCAUUGAUUUGCUUUUUGGUUGCCAUGUUUGGCCAGACUCCUGUUCUUUUGCUUGGUUUGGUGCUACAAACGUUGGGCUACAUUCUAGCAUCCUUCAGCACGAAGCUCUGGCAGAUAUACCUCUGUCAAGGUGUUCUCGUGGGUGCUUCUUUUGGCUUGAUUUUCUUCCCUGCCAGCUUGGUGAUCCCAACAUGGUUUCAAAAACGAAAGUCCACCGGCAUGGGAAUCUGCGUUUGUGGAUCGGGAGUAGGGGGAGUGGUUUUCUCUGUGGCUUUAAAUAAGCUUAUUUCUCAGACUGGAGAUCAACGGUGGCCGCUCCGGAUGCUUGGUCUUGUUACCUUCGCUACGUCGUUGUUCUCCAUCUGCUUCUUGAGACCUCGAAACAAGAAGAUCAUCGACAUCAACACCUCAAAAAUAACAUGGGAACGCACCAAGGCGAUUUCUGGGAUUGUCUUCAACCUCAACCUUUUCAAAUCCCUCCACUAUCUAAUUGUGGGAUUUUGGUUUGCCGUGAGCUUCUUGGGUUACGUCAUAUGCCUCUACUCAUACUCCCCAUACGCAUCGUCCAUUGGCUUGUCACACGAUCAGGCUAACAAUCUUUUGGCUAUUUAUAAUACUGGACAAGCGAUAGGCCGGCCUUUGGUGGGACACACUGCCGAUAAUUACGGCAGAACCAACACAUCAGCAUUUUUCUCUAUUUAUUUGGCAAUCAUGGUUUUGGCUUUCUGGCGACAUGCUCUGUCGUAUGCUGCUCUUAUCGUCCUUGCUAUCUUUCUCGGUGGACCUUCAGCGGUUGGUUACGUCAUGAGUCAGUCUCUUGUUGCUGAUAUCUUGGAUAUCCAAGAAAGACCUCACGUUAUGCCUGCUGCGUGGUCAGGCCUCAACAUUAUGGUAUCUUUCGUUUCACCUCCAUCCGAGGUGAUAGCGAUUGCAUUGAAGGACGAAAGCGCUUCUAAUCCGUUUGACCAUGCUCAGGUAUUCACAGGUUGCAUGUUUCUCCUUUCGUUUUUGCUUCUACUAUUCAAUCGUGAGUUUCUCGUUCGUGAGAGAUUGAAGGAUAGAAAGCUGCAAGCUCAAGCUGCCUAUUUGAGGGAGGGCGAUACCUCAGACGACGAUAAGAAGGAGCUACUAAUGACCAAGAUAGACCGUUACGACAAAUUUCUCCAAAACAGCAUUUUAAACUAUUUCAUUCGCAUGUUCUAUCCCAUGAUCGUGUGA